AUGUAAAAGAUAUUGAAAGUAUAUAUUAAACUUAACAACAGUGGUUUUCAAAUCGAAAGUAGAAACAAGUUCAAACACAAUUUCACAAUGGCUUCUAAAAGAUUUGUGGAUUCAAACCGAGACAAUGCAGGCGACUUUAAUGGAGAAAGUGCUGUGACACAAUCAUGCGAGCCCUGUAUGAAAACCAACAUAUCAAAAACUGCUACGGUUUUCUGCAAGGAUUGUGAUGAAUACCUGUGCGAUACGUGCAAAAAUCCGCACACGGUCUAUAAACCAGGUCAGCAUAACAUUGUCAAUUCACAGGGCAGUAAAUCUUCGUCCGUAAUACUCGACAUGAAAGGAAUGGACAAGUGCCAUGAACAUGCACGAGAAAUAGAGUUUUUCUGCCAGGAUCAUUCUAAGCUUUGCUGUCUUUCAUGUGUUCUCAUUCACCGGAAAUGUGACCAAUUGGAUGAAAUAGCCAAAGUAUCCAGACAAACACGACCCGAGCUUCAAGCAUUAAAACAUUCAUUGAUAAAAUUGCAAUCCGAGGCUGACGAUUUUUUAGCGGAUUGUAAGCAGUCGGAGACUGGCUUAAAUGAGUCUAUUGCAAAGAUUUCUUCAGAGGUGGAUACGAUGAAAGAUCGUAUCAUAAAAUUGUUUGAAGAAGCAAAGCAGAAAUUAAUAAGUGAGGCAAAACAAUUUAAAAUUGCGGACGUCAAACGAAUUAGAAAUAAACGUGACGCCUCGCUCAAAGUUAAGGAAGAACUAAAUAAGGUAUUGUCGAUGUGCUGUGUCGUUUUAGACAGCGGGACGCCCAGUCAACAGUAUAUUUAUUCAGAAUUAAUGAAGGAGAAACGGAAAACUAUCGAAUCAGCUAUGGAUGACCAAAGAAAGAUUAAAUUCUUAUCAACAAUGACAGUGUCUUUUCCAAAACAGGUUACUUCCCUUCUUGAGAUGGGAAGCAAUUCUAUAAAACUGAAUUGUGUAGGCAACAAGACAGUGGAUACCAGUCCCAUCAGCUUAUCAUCCCAAUCAAAGCCAGUCACCCUGAAGCUGCUCGUGUCCGUGGAUCUACCCAAGACUGGUGAUGAUAAGGAGAAGCCUUUCCUCAGUGGACUGGACUUCCUGCCGGACGGGAGACUGGUAGCCGUGGAUAACUUUAACAUGAAAUGUAUCAUACUGAAUGAGCGACUACAGAGACUUGGAACCCCGUACAAGUUCAAGAGUAUCCCACAAAGCGUAGUAUGUGUAUCUCAUGAUACACUGUGUGUAACGGGUGGUGGUGGUUAUAAAACAGUAUGUCUCCUGUCUGUGAGUACAGACAAUACCAUCACACUGACCAGGAAGAUCAAUACAACAUCACUGUUCAUCUCUAUAUGCUGCAUGUCUCCAUCUCACAUGGUCGUGAGUACGCACUAUGAUCCCCGUCCUGUUAGAAUGAUAUCAGUGGACGGGGUUGAGACAGACUUUGAUCACAUCCUGACGUUUCCAAAGAAGACGUACCAAGGAGAUGAGAGUGCGUGCACGUAUGUCCAGUCUAAGAACACGUUAGUACUGACUGACCAACUCGCUCACACAGUGUUCAUGUACGACACCGUGAAUGGCACAUCUAGAGCAGUCACUAAUGAGAACAUACAGGAACCUCGUGGUGCCUGUGUAGGACCUGGUGACACGGUGCUGGUGUGCAGUAUGCAUAAAUACUCCAUCGUGCACAUGACCAAUGACGGCAACAUACUGGGUACCUACCCUGUGGAUAUGAAGAACCCGAACACAAUAUGUGUGUCUAAAGAUGGUACCAGGCUGGUGGUGUCUAACAGCGUUCUAGGCACGAAGAAACUUCACUUGUAUAAGAUAUCACCGGCAAUGAGUUAGUUGAUUAAUGAGAUGUUGACCGUGCGAUCAUUUUACACACAUAUUAACAAUAACUCAUGUAGCGUAUUAUGUGUGUCUCAUGAAGCACUGUGUGUAACGGGUUAUAAAGUAGUAUGUGUGUCUCAUGAUACACUGUGUGUAACGUGUUAUAAAGUAGUAUGUGUGUCUCAUGAUACACUGUGUGUAACGUGUUAUAAAGGAGUAUGUGUGUCUCAUAAUACACUGUGUGUAACGCGUUAUAAAGUAGUAUGUGUGUCUCAUGAAGCACUGUGUGUAACGUGUUAUAAAGUAGUAUGUGUGUCUCAUGAAGCACUGUGUAUAACGUGUUAUAAAGUAGUAUGUGUGUCUCAUGAAGCACUGUGUGUGACGUGUUAUAAAGGAAUGUGUGUGUCUCAUGAAGCACUGUGUGUAACGCGUUAUAAAGUAGUAUGUGUGUCUCAUGAAGCACUGUGUGUAACGUGUUAUAAAGUGGUAUGUGUGUCUCAUGAUACACUGUGUGUAACGGGUGGUGGUGAUAAAGUAGUAUGUGUGUCUCAUGAUACACUGUGUGUAACGCGUUAUAAAGUAGUAUGUGUGUCUCAUGAAGCACUGUGGGUAACGCGUUGUACAGUAGUAUGUGUGUCUCAUGAUACACUGUGUGUAACGUGUUAUAAAGGAGAAUGUGUGUCUCAUGAAGCACUGUGUGUAACGCGUUAUAAAGUAGUAUGUGUGUCUUAUGAUACACUGUGUGUAACGGGUGAUGGUUAAAGUAGUAUGUGUGUCUCGUGAUACACUGUGUGUAACGUGUUAUAAAGUAGUAUGUGUGUCUCAUGAUACACUGUGUGUAACGUGUUAUAAAGUAGUAUGUGUGUCUCAUGAUACACUGUGUGUAACGCGUUAUAAAGUAGUAUGUGUGUCUCAUGAAGCACUGUGUGUAACGCGUUAUAAAGUAGUAUGUGUGUCUCAUGAAGCACUGUGUGUAACGCGUUAUAAAGUAGUAUGUGUGUCUCAUGAUACACUGUGUGUAACGCGUUAUAAAGUAGUAUGUGUGUCUCAUGAUACACUGUUUGUAACGGGUUAUAAAGUAGUAUGUGUGUCUCAUGAAGCACUAUGUGUGACGUGUUAUAAAGUAGUAUGUGUGUUACAUGAUACACUGUGUGUAACGCGUUAUAAAGUAGUAUGUGUGUCUCAUGAAGCACUGUGUGUAACGCCUUAUAAAGUAGUAUGUUUGUCUCAUGAUACACUGUGUGUGACGGGUGAUGGUUAUAAAGUUGUAUGUUUCCUGUCUGUAAGGACAGACAAUACCAUCACACUGACCAGGGAGAUCAAAUAAUCAUCAAAGUUUGGCGCUAUGCAGUUCCCGUACAGCACAUGUAUGUCUAAGGAUGGCACUAGACUGGUGGUGUCCAACAGCACUAAAUGCGCCGGGAAAAUUCAAUUGUAUAGGAUCUCAACGGCAAUGUGUGAGAUGACUAGUAAGAUGUAAAUAUUAUCCAUGUGAUCAGGCAUUCUACACGAUUAUUAAAUAUAAUGUACGUG